AUGGUGGAUCGCACGGUGUAUGCUGCGGACAAGACUCCUGAUCUUCCGCUCCGUCAAGUUUUUGGGCGGCAGCGAGUCAAUGAGGACCUGUGCAAGCUCGCAGCAAACUCUGGCUUGCUCACGGUGGAAACCUUCGCCAUGCUCGGCGACGAUAUUGCCUCGGUCAAGGCGACGCUCAAGAACUUGGUGCCUGAUCUCACAGCUCUGGGAGCCGAUGGCCCGGCUCAAGAGCUUGCUCUGACCUGCCUGGCAGCCGUUUGGAAGACUUGCAGCACGAUGCAAGACCAUUUCGCGGCUCGUCGCGCAAAGAUGGAAGAGGACCCUUCCAAGGUUCCCGAAAUUCCGGGCGAAGACCAUGCGGAAUUCAGAGAGACGUUCGUCUCCAGGCACCCUGACGUGCUCCUUCCAUUACAUCGGGAGCCCCACCGCAAGUUCGUCGAGCGAGUCCAGAGAGAUUAUUUGGUUCACGGAUUCGUUCAUUUCUAUGAGGUGGGGGAGAUCCGCACCCGCAACGAGCAGAUCGCUCAGAAGGCGGGCUUGUCCAAGAAUGCCGAGGAUUUGCUGCGGGUAGUCACCAUUGAUCAGCCCUCGGCAGCCAGCUCAGAAUCCCAGGUCAUGGACAAGUUGCACGCGUUCUUCAUCACCUUGGAGUACCUCAACAUUUGUGAGUUCUCUGUGGCCGCGGGACCGCUCAAGUACCUGGCUCAGCUCGAGGAGUGGCGUCACGAGAACCGCGGGCUCGCCUUGCUCCUCACCGUGGACACGCUCAUCCGCAAGAAGGUGCAUCGAGUGAGCUCAGAUCACCGCAAACAGUUCACUACGUUCUCGGCGGCCUUUUUGGAGGUGCUCACAAACCACAAACAGCUCUGGAACGAUGCUCGCUCCAGCGCAGAGCUUGACAAAUACAAGCAGGCCGCGCUCACGGCUGCCCCAGUGACUCCUAAGAAGAGGGCACGCUCUACCUCACCAGAGCCGCCUUUGUCGUCGGCCAAAGCUCGCAAGAACAAGGCUCGCCGCACGCGGCAAAAGGCCCAGCUCCAGAAGGCCAAGGCAGUGCUCAGCAACGCCGGCAACAAAGAGAAGGACACUCCGCGCAAGGCCGCGCGAGAUGAGCGCGUGCCGGCAAAGGAGUGGCAGACUAUCACUGCAUUCAAGUACAGCGGUAGUCGCAGAUGCCCCUUCUACAACAGCUCGUUGGGUUGCCGCUUUGGAGAUCAAUGUAAGCUCAAGCAUAGCUGUGCCGAGUGUGGAAAGGAUGGCCUCUCGCCGCCCCCUGGGGUGUGGACAGGCGAGCCUGCCUCCACGAAUGAUGCUCCAGAGUCGGUACAGCCGCCUCUUGUUCGGAAAGUGGAGCUAGGAGCUCAGACUGCGAUCCCGCACUGGAGCCAGGUGCUCAACGAUCGACACUGGCUUUUCUCCGCUGGACCAUUUUUCCUCGAGCUCUUUGCAGGGAAGGCAGGGAUCACUGAAGCCGUGUUUUUGGCAGGUGUUCCAGUCCUUCCUCCAGUGGACAUUGUGGCGUCCGACCUGGUGCGCACCCCGGUCGACUUGGUGGAUGCAACUUUUUGGCAGAGUUUGGUGGAUAUUCUUGUUCUGGGUGUGGUUUUCUUUCUGCAUUGCGGCACCCCGUGCAAUACGUUCACUGCUGCACGAAAAGCUGAUGGGGGACCUCCUCCUUUGAGGUCACCCCAAGAACCGCUCGGUCUGGAAGGGCUGUCGGAGCAAGACAGCGGCCUGGUCUUUUUGGGCAAUGUGUUUUUGGAUCGCACAGUAGAAGCCUGCAGCCUGGUAUUCGCAUUUGGUGGUGACUUCCUCAUUGAGAACCCGCUCCUGAGCCUCUUGUGGCAGACGCCCCAGUUGCUCCAGCUCGUGCGAAGCGCUCGCACCUUCAACCUGGAAUGUGAUCAGUGCGUUUUUGGCACGCCGUGGAUGAAGCCGACACGAUUCGUCUGCUCUAACGAGCAGCUCGACGUUCUUUGUGUACGUUGUCCGGGCGGGCAUACUCAUGAGUCGCUCAAGGGCAAAGUGUGGGACCCAUCACUACAACGCAUGGUGUUCAAGACCAAGCAGGCUCAAGUGUACCCCCUUGCUCUGUGCGCUACAAUUGCAGACCAGGUGCGGUCCAUCUUCUUGCAGGAGUUGCCUCACCUGAAGCUCACCUUCGAGCUGUGUGUUCCAGCAGCCGACAGGAAGCGCGCUCUGCAUUCGGCGAGGCCGUGGAAAGAGCACAAACAAGCAGACACUGCUCAGAAGGCACUCCUCGCCGGGUACCAGCUCAAACGUGGUGCUGCGAAACCGCUGCGCGAGGUGGAGAUGGAACCGGGGGCAGCAGUCCUGUUUGCUCUUCAGCAAGUUCAUCCUUUCUCGCGCUCGGCAGUUUUGCCCCCUGCGCUCGACGCCGCCAUCCAUGCAGUGGCGACAAACCCAAGUGAGGUGUUGCGUCAUCGUGCUCAAGCUCUUCAGUUCUGGCAACACCGUGCUGAAGCCCUGCUCCCUGAAUCUAUUGCAAGGAUCAUGGCUCAGCCGGACGCGGCCCAGCGCCGCCUGCUGCUCGGCACUGAUGACCCUGCACGCGCUCGCCUUGGUGAUGUUUGUCAUAUAGCUCUCUACGAGGAGAUGUUGGCGGCUGCAAACUCUGUGGACCAGGCCUGGGAGAUCCGGGCAAAGAUCAUUCAACGAGUUCGUGGCGUUCCUGUGUCUGACAAUUUGGUGAAGAUCUGGGAAGCUACACUCGAAGAUGUUCAAGAAGGCUCAUGUCUGGGCCCCUUUGCUAGCCCAGAGGAGGUUACCGACGCUCUCGGCCAAGAUGAUUGGAUCCCAACUCAGCGCUUCGAAGUGGUUCAAAAGAACAAGGUGCGAGGUUGCGACAGCGCGACCACGAACUUGAUCAACCAAAUCACUGAGAUCAAAGAGAAGCUCCAACUGCCGUCGACGGACGCGAAUGUUGCGGCGAUCAGGAAGCUCAAGACCUUAGCCUCGGACAAAGAGCUCGUAGGUUGGGUGCUCGACGAGCGCAAGGCAUACAGACAAGUGGCUAUACAACCGGAUCAACGAAAGUUUUUGGUCAUUUGUCUGAAGUCGCCCAGCUCGGGGAGACCUGCGUUCUUCAUCAUGGUCGGCCACUCUUUUGGUUUGGUUUCUGCUGUGUAUAACUACAACAGGCGUUCAGCGGCGAUCAACGAAAUUUUGGUGUCCUUGUUCAAGCUGGUUGCGUUCAGCUUCUAUGACGACAAGUACGGGUUUGAACCUGCUGCCUCGGCCCCAGGCGCUCGCAAUGUGGCGGAAAAAGUGCACUGGUGGCUUGGUGCAAAAUUUGAUCAGAAGAAACUGCAGUUGUCCUCUGAGCCAACGAUCUUGGGUGUGACGUACAACCUGCGGGAUAUGCAACUUGAGAUCAAAGCUGAUCGAAAGAAAGAUCUGCUCGAGGAGAUUGAGUCCAUCUUGCAUGUCGGAUUGCUCGACCCUGGGUCGGCAGGAAAGCUCAAAGGCAAGCUCAUGUUUGGUGCGUCGCAGCUCUGGGGGAAGGUUGGGAGUGCUUUCUUGCGCCCUAUUUCAGAACGUCAGUACUGGAAGUUCCCUUCGAGCACUGAGUUCAAGCUCGACGUCCCACUCACAGAGUCCCUGAAGCAGUGGAAGAAGCUGGUUCAUGCUGGGCCGCCAAGGCAGAUCGACCUGGCUCAGGAGAGACUCCCCGAUGCGGUGAUCUUUACCGAUGGCUUCACGCCUGAUCCUCGAUCGAGUGACGUGAGUCCAGAUCGGAUUGGUGGAGUCAUCUUUGAGCGGCGCUUGAAACAGCCCAGACAGUUCACAACGGUCGUCCCUGACGAGAUCAAGGAGCGGUGGCUGAAGAGAGCUACGCAAAUCAUGCCGAUCGAGAUGUUGGCUCCCGUAGUAGCUCUCUCCACAUUCACCGAUCGGCUAGUGGGCGCUGAUAUUUUCCUUUUCAUUGAUUCGGAAUCGGUCGAAGCUGCCCUGAUCAAGGGAUACUCGAGUCGGUCUGACAUGUGUGAAAUCAUCGCUCUGUUUUGGGAUCUUGCUUUGAAAUUAAAAGCUCGAAUAUUUAUCGACCGUGUUUCAACCGAUGCCAAUCCAGCAGAUUGGCCAUCCAGAAAUAAGCUCUGGAUAGGGGAAGCAGCAGGAUGGUCUACGGUAAAAGCCACUUGGCCACAGGCGCGUGCGAUCUUGCGACUGCAGAGGCGUGUCAUUCCAGCAUUAUCAUGUUUUGUGAUCACGAUCGAAAUUUUCAAUCUAGGUCUCGCAUCGAUCAGGCGAGACAGAGGACGACGCGGCCCAUGUUUCGAAGUCGCCAUGGACGGCGGCACCGGCUCUCCCUCAGCGAGCGCCUCGGCCUCAGCCCACGGCAGUGCCCAUGCCUCGGCUUCUGCGUCUCCGGCGUCGGCGUCGGCUCUGGGACCGGCAGAGACUGCAGAGAUGUAUGGGAACCUGCAUGAGUAUGGCUUGAGUUUGGGAGUGGAUUUGGAAGAAGAAGAGCAUCUCAUGACCCUGGUGCAAGAAGCCUUCGAAGCGCCGCUGCCAUGUUCGUGGACUGAGUAUAUGGAUGAGUCAGGGCGGGCCUACUAUGUCAAGGAGGGCCGGCCAAGCACCUGGGAGCAUCCAAUGGACCAAGUCUAUCGCGAACUCCUCGGUGUCAUUCGACAAGCAUCUUCCACCUCGCCUGCCAAAUCGCGGGAGGAGUUGGUACAAGAGCAUUUACGCGAAACCCAUGAGCUCGCAAAGGAAGAUCUAUCUCAAUGGACUGGACCAUAUGUCUCAGAUCAGGGGGAGUACUAUUACAACGAUCACCUCAAGGUAAGCACUUGGGAGAGCCCUGUGAAGGAGUGGGAAAAUGAGUUGGCAACUCGUCACUCAGUUCUUGACAGAUAUUUGCUUUUGCCACAACUUGCGAAAGCUGAUGCAAAGAGUCCAGACAUGCUCCAGGCUUUGCGCUUGCAGCUGGGGAAUCUACAUGUCUCCCAGCUCCACAGCGAUGCGCCGGAGCCCUCGACCUGUCGCAGUUACCACACAGCACGCAGCGCCCGCAGUGGCACAUCGGGCCGUUCAGAGCGAUCCAAGCAGAGCCUGAAAAAGGAACGGAAGGAGCGGAAAUCCAAAAGAGGUGAUGACCGCCUGGACGAUCUGCCAGAAAGCUCGUCUCCUGAGAGGUGA